GCCGCCAACUCCAUUACCCACAAUAAUUUUAGCUUUAGGCCACCAUUUUUUUCUCUUCACCCUUCACGAUCUCCAUUCCUUUCCUUUACCCCCACGAACCCUUUUUCCCUCUCCGCAAAAUAUCCCAAGCUCUGCGCGCGGAGGGAAAGGGAAGGAAAAUCGCAAGAAAAUCCAAAGAGGAAAGUGAAGGAAAAUCUCCCCUCCUUUGCCGACGGCAGGGGAGACAUUUCUAAGAAAACAGAGGCCGGGGACAACAUACAUUCCUUCCCAUGGCGCCGAGCCUACGGGCCUGCUUCCGCGGCAGCAAGAGCUCCUCCGACCUCAAAAGAGACCAUCUUUCCGCCUCAACCGCAUCCCAGACCAUCGAAGCUUCGGCGGAGGAGCAUCGCCGCGGCCCUGUUCUAGUGGAGCUUUUCUCCUCGCAGGGAUGCGCGACCUCGCCGGAGGCAGAGGUGCUGCUGUCGAGGCUCGGGAGAGGGGAUUUCGCGCUGGAAGCACCCGUGAUCGUGUUGACGUUCCAUGUGGAUUAUUGGGAUCACGCCGGCUGGAAAGAUCCCUACGGUUCCAGCCAGUGGACGGUCCGGCAGAAGGAUUACAUUGAGUCUCUGAACCUCGACACCAUGUUCACGCCACAGGUCGUCGUCCAAGGAAGGUCUCAUUGCGCGGGGAACGAGGAGGAGUCAUUGCUCUCUGCCAUCAUGAGCGCCCAGAGGUUCCCUUCCCCUGCUUUUCAGGCGACGUUUCAGAAGCCGUCGCCGGAGACGCUGCUGGUGUCGUUGUCGGGGCCGUUGAGGAGCAAGAUUGACGGGGAAGGGGUGAACGUGAUGGUGGCGCUGUACGAGAGCGGGCUGGUGAUGGACUGCGAGGGCGGGGAGAACUUAGGCAUGGUACUGGCGAAUGACUACGUGGUGAGGAGGCUGGAGAAGGUUGCGACAGUGAAGGAUAUCUCGGCCAAGAAAGUGGUGACGGCGGGUGCUCAGUUCUCCCUGUGGGAAGGUUUCAACGGCAGUAAAUGUGGGGUGGCCGUGUUUCUGCAGAACAACCAGCACCAGAUUUUCGGGUCUCAGAACUUUCCCCUGCCGGAUUCCAUAUGAAUAAAGAGUUGAGUUCUUCUUCGUGUAUGAAAAAAAAGGGUGUUGUAAUCUUCAUCUGAUUUUUGAGGCUCUCUUAUGCACAGCCUGAUGUCUUCAGAUAUAAAAUUCUCUUCCAUUGAUUCGUGUGAAAUGAGAUUUAUGCUGAAUGUCUGAUUGCUUUCACUGAGAUUUCUGAAUUGUCUACAUUGAAGGAUUCACCUUCGUUUCCUUUUCAAAAAGAAGACAACUUCUUCAGGAUGAAUACGCUGCUGGCUCCGACUUUGCUGUCUGGCCAAGUGCUUUUCCCUCCGCUCUUUCUGAAAAAGAAGAAACACCCAAAUGAGAAAUUCUUGUGGCAGGCAGCUGAUCCAAAUGGGAUCUUCAUAUUUUUUUAUGCAUAUAGAGUAUCAUAAGAACACAACCCUCAAUAUCCUCUCUACCAUUACUUGCUCAUUUUGUUCUUCAAACUGCAUCCAUUCCCACAUUGUCAAACCCAAGAACCCAACUUUAUCACUUCGUAUUGAAUACCAAGUAAUUAAGAAGCAAAAGGAAUAAUGUUAUAGUGAAGAUUUACAAGCUCAGGAACACACUC